AAAUAACAUAAAUUUACAAAAUAAAAAUAAAAAAGGAAACUGAAAAUCGAAUAAAUCAUUUAUCAGGUUAAUAAUUAGACACAAGAAUAGAGGAAAUAUAAGAAACAAGUACUUUAUUUGCAAAACAGAUAGAAAUUCAAUAAAAAAAGAAAAGAGAUUUAGAAACUUUGAUAUAAAUAGCAUAAGAUAAUAUAACUGACAAUGUAAAAAGAAUGAAUUAAUCAAACGGAGUAGCUUUACCUUAACUUUAAACUAAAUUAAAACAAUUAGAAUAUAAACUAGAAAAAACAAGAGGUAAACACAACGAAAGUCUAGCUUAAAUAAACAUGCUUAAAGAAAAGGUGAAUAUGGCUCGUCGUGAAAGGGUAAUAUUUUCGAAUGUUUUCAAAAAACUAGAAGGCGAUAUUAAAUAAAAAGACGAGGAAUUUAAGAAAUAUAUGAUAGAGAAAAUUCAUAUAGAUAAUAAAUUAAAAGUAUAUGAAGAAGAAUUAAAGAAAAUAAAACAAAAGGCCCAAAAACAAAACGCAUAGUUUAAAAUAGAAUAUGAAUAAGUAUUGAAUUAAAAUCAAAAUGACGAAUAUGGAAAUGGAAGACGUAUAUUUGAUACAGAAGUACUCCUAAAUAAUGUUGAUUAGACAAAUAAUAUGAAAAAUAAUUUGCUUUAUCAAGAGGCUAAUAAUAGUAGUGAUGAAAUUGUCGUUUUGAAAAAUUAAAUUAAAUAGGUGGAAUCCUAAAUUACUAAAUAUUAAAAAAAUAAUGAUUUGGCACUUCUUAGUAAAGAAAAUUAUGAUAAUAACUAGGAUUUGGAUAUUGUGGUUUAAAAAGGAGAAUAACUUGAUGAAAAAGUUAAAGUACUUCAAGAAGAUAUGCAUAAUAUUAAUUUUAAAUUCACUAAAAUUGCUGAAAAGUUCAAUAUCCCUAUAUAAAAAGGAGAUUUGGAUGAUUAAACUUUUAUUUGUUUCCUUAAAGAUAUAGAAAAAAGAAUCGAUAGUAUUAUUACCAUGUCUUUAUAUUGUGAAGGAAAAGUUGUCGAUGUAAGUAAUCAUUUCUAAGAAAGCUUUGCUUCUAUAGCAAGUGGAAAUAAAAAAGAAGAUUAUAAUAGCAUAAUUUAAAUACUUGAUAUAGUAAAAAAGAAAAGUGAUAAUGAAGCUGAAAGAAUUCUUAAUAAAGGAGACUUCUAAUAAAUAAGUAAAGAUGUUAUAUAUCAUCUGGAAUGUCUGAAGAAAUAUCAAUUGAAUUUAAACCUUAUGAAUAUAAAAAUAAUAAUAAACCCUUUAAAAGGAAUUAUACCUGGAGAAGGAAAAAUAGAUAUUCAAAUAACUUAUAUUCCUUAAACAAAUGUUACAGUAAUUUCUGAAGCAGAACUUAAAGUUUCCUAAUUUGAUUUCGAGCCUUUGAAAAUACGUUUGAUGGGAUCAGCAAGAUAUAAAGAUCCAGCUGAAAAUAAAACUAAGAAAUAAAUAAAUACUAGCAAACUUCCUUAAUCAAAUAGUCGUUUAGAAAAGUUAAAUAAAUAAUAAACUUGUGAAUAAAAUAAGGAAAACUAAUUGGAUUCUCAACCUUAACUAAGAAUAGAAAAUAUUGAAUAAGAUAAAGAUAUAUAGAAUUAAGAAUAAUAAUAAGAAUUAUAAGAAAUUUAGAGUUCUGAAUUUUAAAGUAAUUUUUUAUUAAAUAAUACUGAGGAAUUAGCAAGAUCUUCUUAUGAAAAAUAAUUCUUAAAUAAAUGUAGUAUAGUAAAUUUACUGCAAAAAAAUAAAGAAAUCAAAUUCUUUUAAUGUAUUGGAGAUUGUGAUAUGACAGAAGUUGAUAUAGAAGAAAUUUAUGAAAAAAGGAAUAAUUUUUAAAAAUAAAUACUUGAUGGAAUAAAUAUUGAAGGACAAAAUAGAUUCGAAAUAGUUUUAAAUAAUGAUUAACCUUAAUUAGACUUCGAAAAAAUUCCUUAAUAUUAAACUACAUGGGAUUUUGAUAAAAAUAACGAUUUGAAGAAUAGAAAAAUAAACUUAAAUAAAUUUAUGAGUGUAGGAACUAAAAUUAUAUUAAGAAUUAGAGCUGAUAAAAGAUUAGAAAAAUUAAAAAAUAAACUUUCGAAUCUUAAAACAAGAGAAGAAGUUAAAAAAAUGGUUUCUUAAGAUUAAUAAAGAGCAGAAUAUUUAUAAAUUGGAAAAAAGGAAAACAUUUCUUUUUAAAUUUCAAAUAAUAUAAAUAUAGUUCAUUGUAUUAAAUUCCCAAUAUAAUAUGAUGCUUCUAAUACUUUUAAUAAUUACGCCUUUAAAAUAGAAGAAAGAAAAGAUUUUGAUGAUUUGCAUGAUUAUGAUGUUAUUCAAAAAAAUAAUAUAGAAUUAAUGAAAUAUGAAAGUAAAUUAUAAAAAGUAUAUUUUCAUUUUAUAUAAUUAUAUUAUAAUAUAGAAAUUAAUUUUAUGGCUUAUCAUAUUUAUCCUUCUAUAGAAUUUAUAAGAGAAUAAAGAACAGGAGGAGAAAAUGAAUACUUUGAUAGAGGAAAAAUGGGAAUAACUAAAUAAUAUUAUGAAUUUUCUAAUUAAAUUAAUAAUUUACCAAAAACAUUUUUUAAAUAUAUUGAUAUACCUCUUAAUACAUUUAUUACUCCACACAAUAGCUUGCGUCCAUAUAUUUAAUUAAAUUAAAAUACAGAAAGUAAUGAAGCUUACUUUCUAAAAUCUGAAUAUUACUAAAUAAAUGACAAUUUGGAUCCAUUAAUUAAUUCUAAUAUUAACUUUAAAAUUUUAAAAAAUGAUUAUUUAUAUAACACUCCUGGAUAUUUUACUCAAUAUGUAUUAAAUAAUGACACAAGCGAAAUGAGUAGAUAUUAUUAAAAACUUUUAGAUUUACCUACAGAUAAUUCAAUAAUUAAAUUCUAAGAUCAUUUAUUCUCUAGUACUCUUUAAUAACCAUAAGAUGAAGAUUAGUUAACUGAUGAUGAUAGUGAUGGAGAAACUCCUCCUUAAAUGCAAGUUUAAAAUGUGGUUGAAUUCCUUAAAUUAAUUGAAGAUAAAGAUAGUACAAUUAAUUAAAUAAGAGAAUAAAAUAAAAAUAGAUUACCUUAUGAUGAAUAUGAAUAAAUAUUUGAAAAUAUAAAUAAAAAUCUAUAAAACGAUAAAGAAUAUAGAAUCAGUACAUUUAACUCAAAAGUUAAUAAUUAUAACAAAUUCAUAAAAGAUUAAAAUAAUAAAUUAAUUAUAUUAUGA